AUGGGCAAGUCUACAAAGUGGUUAAAGAAUGUGCUACUUGGAAAGAAACCUUCUAAAUCUAGCGGUUCCAAAGGAAAGGAGAGAGAUGUGAGUGGAAAAGAGGUAGUGGUUACUGCAAAAGUAGACGAAUCCGAUGUGGUAUCAGAUCUUCCAUCUUUCGCUAAUGCAUCGACCAAUACCCUUGAUAGAAGCAGUGGAAUGUUAGAGACGCAAAAUGUUGAUCCUGAAGAGAUCUUCUCAGAUGAUGAAUUACUUCUUCCUGAGAGGAGCAAAACAGCAGAUCUUCAAAACGCUGCAGAUGUGCAAGACAAUUCACUAUCUGACGCAGAGAGAAUUCAACGAGAUAUUGCAGCAACGUCUGUGCAGGCUGCGUUUAGAGGUUUCUUGGCUCGGCGUGCUUUUUGGGCACUCAAAGGCAUAAUAAGGCUACAAGCACUUAUUCGUGGUCACCUGGUCAGGAGGCAAGCUGUUUCAACUCUUUGCUGCGUCAUGGGAAUUGUCAGGUUGCAGGCGCUUGCUCGAGGAAGAGAGAUCAGAAAUUCUGACAUUGGAGCUCAAAUUCGUAGGAAUUGCAGAUUGCAGCUGCUUCAGAACAAGCUUGGCAACUCUGCUGACGCAGAUCCUUACCUCGGAAUCAAGAAACUAACAGCCAACGCUUUUGCUCAGAAGCUUCUCGCUUCAUCGCCAAGAGUAAUACCUGUACACACCAAUACAAACUCAAACUCAAUCUGGUUAGAGAACUGGUCGGCCUCAUGCUUCUGGAAACCAGUUCCUCAACCAAAGAAACCAGUGGGGAGAAAACCCCAGAACAAAUUUUCCAGUAGUGCUCAGAUCGUCGAGGCUGAAUCUGCUAAACCCAAGAAGAGUGUCCGUAAAGUUCCUGCUGCAACUAUUGAAAGUUCCUCGGUUUUUGAGUUUGAGAAACCCAAACGCAGCUUCCGAAAAGUUUCAAGCCAGUCUAUAGAACCACCUGCUGUCGAAAAUCCUCAGAUUGAACUUGAAAAAGUUAAACGUAGCUUGAGGAAGGUACACAAUCCUAUAGUUGAGAGCUCUAUACAAGCUCAACCAGUCCCUCGUAUUGAAGUCGAGAAGCCAAAGCUUGGUGAAGAGAAGACAACUGAAUCAUCAUCAUAUCCACUGGUUCAUGAAACCGUUGAGGAACCACCUGUGAAUGUCUUCGACGGAAAAAAGAAGAAGCAAGAAAGGCCCGAGGAGGUACAUGUUCGUGAAGUGGAAGUACAUACUCCUGGACCAUUGGAAAGCAAUGAAGAACUUGAUUCCUCACUGGUCAACCAAAUUGACAGCAAUGAAAAAGCCAUGGUUGAAGCAGAUAAACCUCCAAUGGAAAAGGAUGCAAAGGAAGAUAAAACUCCCAAACCAAACAAUAAAGAGAAUUCAGCCGGGAAGGAGAACCAAAAGUCCAGGAAAAAGGGUUCGGCUACUAACAAGACGGAGCGUGAAGAGAGUAAUGGGCAUCAUCAGACUAGCCCUUCAAUCCCAAGCUAUAUGCAAGCAACUAAAUCGGCAAAAGCAAAGCUGAGGCUGCAAGGCUCACCAAACUCUGCUGAGGAAGACGGGACUGAGAAAGGCAGUGUUCCCAGACGUCACUCUCUACCAUCUUCAGGUAAUGGCAGGAUCACCUCCCAUUCUCCGAGAACAACAAGACUCGCAAGCUCAGGUGACAAAACCAGGAACAAGAAGGAGAAACCUCUUCUAUCAUCCCGAGACGGAAGUGCAAAGACGACUCCGGUAGAGCGGAAGAGGUGA